UAGUCUAUUGAAAAAACACCAUUCACGCUGUGACUCAUGUCUCAUGACUCAUCCAAAUCCUAAGCACGCAAACCCACCAGUCCACCACCGCUUCAAAUUAAUCCACCCACACCCAGCUUUAAAUCACAGAAUCCCCCCACACUGGCAAAAGCAGAUUUCAUUUCGCAGCUUUCCAAAUCCUCCUCCGACUCUCUCCUCCACCGACCGACGACGACCGGUCAUCUCCGUCAUUCCCGCAACUUGGGUGCUAAGUCACUAAAACCCUUUCCAUACUUGAAAACCCCUCCCCCUAUUUAAAACCCACGUAAGACUCCCUUGACCGAAUCCAACAUUCAAAAGUCGUCUCUGUCCCUCUCACCCAGAAUCUCUCUCUCCCUCUCUCUCUUCUCUUUCUUCUCUUCUUCUUGAUUCUUCCCAUGGCGGAGGACUACAUGAAGGGCUCUAUGCGCAAGCUGGCCCUCUGGUACACCCGGACCUUCAAACCCAUUAUGACCCACGACGAGCUCGAGCCCAUCAUGGCCACCUUGGGCUUCGUAUGCCGACCGGCGGCGGCUGCCUCGCCGAACUCGGCGGUCAUGUGGAAGGAGUACGUGUUCUCCGCCGCUGGAGGGUGGAGGAGCAAGUGGGGUGCCGCGAACGAGCCGCAGCUGCUGCCGAGGCCGAGGCUGCCCUACCCGAGAAUCGAUGGGCUCCACAUCUACUCCUACAGGGCUUUCCUCGAGGCCGUUAAUUUCUACCUCGAGAUGUGUGACAUCUCCGAUCUCUUCCAUAUAAGAGGAAUGCCACUCCAUGAUCUCCAUCGAAUUAAAGACCGAAACAGGAAGUGGCGAAAAAUGGAAGAAGAUGACAGUGUGUUUGUUUACAGAGAAGGAACUCUGGAUCAAGCAACAUUCAAUCUGUAUCACUCUCCCAAGACCAUCAGCAAUAACGCCCAUAAUAACAGCAAUGGCGGUGGCGACCACAAUUCAAUCGUUAUUCGGGAGAAAGGAAAUAAUACCCCAACCAGCUGCAUUGUUCCUUUGAAAGAUAUCAUAGUAUGAGUGUCAUAAAUCUCCAUGAAUGUUGGAAAUUUUGAAGAAUAGAAGUAAAACAAAACCUCACAGUGAUAUUCAUUUUAUAAAGUAAGAACCUUGUUUUCCUCCUUUACUCA